GUUUUAUUUUAUUUUUUAAAAAAAAAAACCAUCAAAUUAAGCACCGAACCCAUAACCCUAGUGUUUCAGAUUUAGAAAUCAAGAACAAGAAGAAAUAUAACGUCAUCUCUGCCUCUGUAACUAUGUAAACUUUCGAUCACAAAUCGCUAUCCCCAUAUUUCUCAAAAUCAAAGUCUAUUCGGCCGCCUUGUGUGCUGACAAGUUUAGAAGUAUCAGGGUCAGAAAAGCUAUGUGAACUUGAUGGGCUUGAACAGUUGGAAUGUUUAAUACACUUGAAUAUAAGUCGGUGUUCUUACUUAGAAAGAGUGCCAGAUCUAUCCAAUCAAGAGAAGUUGAAGAAGUUACUUGCUUACUGCUGUCCUUACCUGAUUUUGAUUCAAGGCGUAGAGCAAUUGGAAUCCUUAGAAUAUUUGGAUAUAAGUGAAUGUGUUUCCCUAGAAAAAUUUCCUGAUCUAUCAAAAUUGGGGAUGCUGAAAGAUUUAGUUCUUCGGGAAUGUAACAACUUAGUUGAGGCUGAGGGCCUGUGGGUAUCGAAAUCCUUGGAGAGACUGGACAUGUCGUCUUGCAAAUGGACAAAAAGAUUACCAGAUCUUUCAAACCUGAAAAAACUGAAGGAAUUGAGAAUUCGUGAUUGUGUAAAAUUAACUGAGAUCCAGGGACUUGACAUGUUGAAUUCACUAGAAUAUCUAAACAUUGCUGAUUGUGAGUCGCUGGGAAAAUUACCGGAUAUGUCAAACCUUAACAGCCUGAUGGCCUGGCAAAUUUGAAGGCAUAUCUCUGCAAUGGUUCCUGCAAAAAUGUCAUUUUCUGAGUUGAAGAUAAGAAACAAGCUCAUGUUUGUGUCAUCUUCUGCAGAUCAACUGAAAUAGACCAGGGCUUGGAAGGCUCUCUGCAUGACUGGUAACUUGUGUUUAGCAUAUAAAGAGAACCACAUGAAUUUGUACAAACCUAGAUUGCUUAAUUUUCUGCUAUAAUUCAGUAAACUGUAAAACCAAAUAUACAUUUGGUCCUGUUAACAUUAUGCAUCACCCAGGGUACAAGAAAAGCAACAAAGGAUGCCUAUAUGAAAUACUGAAUCAGAAGGAUUGA